AUGCCUAUCUCCCUCGUGGUCGGGUCGGCUGCGCUCAUUCCCACGGCCUUGGGGAUAGCGCUGAGGAACAGCCUGCACCCCGCAGCAAAGUUUGUGUUGGCGCACAUAGCGGCCACUGGAUUCGCAGUGUCCCUGUGCACCAACGACUAUUGUGCGUCCAAGACCACGCGCCUGCUGGGGAAGAACGACAAAGGGCAAAUUGCACUGUGGGGGUUAGCUCUGAUGUGGCCAUUCCAUUUGGGGCUUCGCUUGAGGCUGCGGUGGAAACGCAGCAUCACGACAGAGCCCCUCUACAAUGAGAUACUGCCUGGCUGGUAUCUUGGUGGAUGGCCACAUGAUGCCUCUUGCCUGCCUCCUGGCUCCCCGGCAGUGCUGGAUGUCACAUCUGAGCUGCCCAGAACUCAGAUCAGUGGGGAGUAUCUGUGCCUUCCCACCUGGGAUACGCAUGCACCGGUGGUACCUCAAAUUGAGCAGGGCGUCAGCUGGGCCCUUGCACAGCGCAGUGUGGGUCGCAAUGUCUAUGUGCACUGUGCCCAUGGCCAUGGCCGUAGUGUGCUGGUCUUGUGUGCAUGUUUGAUACAAGGCAAUCAUGCUGCUGACUACAGCGAGGCGAUACGAAUCAUCAAGUCCAGAAGGCCAAGAGUGAAAAUGAACAAACGCCAAAAUGCUGCCUUUCAAUCUUGGAUGCAGAAACGCCAAGAGAAUGACACCUCCAAGAAAACGAAAUGA